UUUAUUUCUUCUCUUUAACACUCCCACCCACUUUAACUUGAACCAAAAAAUUCACAUAACCGUUGAUCAUUUCUUUCCCACCUCAUUAUUUAUCCAAAAAUCAUACCUUAAAUUAAAACUUCCCACCUCCAUUUCCUCAUUUUCAAAUUUUCAACUCAAAAAAAAAUUUAAAAUCCCACCAAAAAAAAGCCAAAGAAAAAACUAAGUAAUGGGACUCUUAGGUGACAUAAUAGGCAAGGUAAAAGACAAAGCAUCAAUAGGCAAAGCCGCCCUCCUCUCCCGCAACCACAACACGGCGGCGUUACGCCUCACAGUCCUACGCGCCACCAGCCACGAAGCCGACACACCACCACCAGAAACCCACCUCGCCGCCAUCCUCGCUGCGGGGGACGGUCCACGCACGGCGGCAGCGGUAGUCAUCGACGUCCUCAUGCGCCGCCUACACAAAACCUCCUCCUCCGCCGUGGCAAUCAAGUGUCUUUUAUCACUCCACGUCAUCGUCCGACGUGGCAACUUCAUAUUACACGACCAACUCUCCGUGUACCCGGCGACAGGGGGGCGGAACUACUUAAAGUUGUCGGAUUUUAGGGAUACAUCGUCUCCGACAACAUGGGAGUUGUCCACGUGGAUAAGGUGGUACGGUAAGUACCUCGAACAAAUCCUGUCUAGUUCGAGGGUACUUGGGUACUUUCUCUUUUCGACGUCUUGUAGUUUAGAGCGCGAAAAAGCGACGGAAAUUAUUGCGUCGCUUUUAUGUAAAGAUUUGUUACGAGAAAUCGACGCUUUAAUCAAUGUUCUAGAAGAAAUCUGUAAGUGUCCAGAUAUUGUUCAUUUGGAAGGGAACAAGUUGUUGAUUGAAGUUAUGGGUUUAGUAGGGGAAGACUAUUUUACUACGGUUGAUGAGAUUGUGAUCCGAGUUGAGGAGUUUAAGGAACGGCUGAGUUGCCUCAGUUUUGUUGACUCGGUCGAGUUGGUUUGUGCACUAAAAAGGUUGGAUGAUUGUAAAGAGAGAUUGGGUACUUUGUUCGAGGUUAACGGGUCGGGUUUGGUUGAUGAUUUGUGGGUUUUGGUGAGUGAGAUGAAGGAUAAGGUUGGUGAAGUUAAAGGGUUUAAAGAGGAGAAGAUGGUGCUUAGUUGGGGUAGGUUCGAGUCGGCUCGGUUCGGGGAACGGGUUAAGCCGCAAGACUCGGUUCAGUUUGCUUCUAACCGGUUUGCGUUUCAGUUUGCUUAUGGUGAGCUUGUCCGAUGAGCUGUGAAAAUUACUAAGUGUAUCCGUGUGCACCUUAUAUGUACUGAAUGAGUUGAGUCGAUAUUGAUUAAUUUAGGAACAUUUAGGUGUCUUAAUUUUUUUAUUUUUUGUUUUAUUUUUGGUUUUUUUGGGUGUAAUUGGUGGGGGGAGGGGGGUUUACUUUUUGAAUGUAAAUCUCUGUAUUUUAGCAAAAAUGUGUCACUAAUUUUAUUAUUUAGGUUGAUUAAAACUUUAAAAAGGCUUUGUAUGUUAUUAUACUAUUGGAUUGUCAACAAAAGACCAAGAAAUGGGAA